AUGGCUGUCGCCCCAACAGGUCACUUGUACACACAUGACAUCGAAGAAAGCCGCACGAAAAGCGUGGAGCAAGAGUUUAAGGAGCAUGGGUUGGCUGAUGUCACGACGGCUGUCGUUCUGAACGUGUGCACGGAUGGCUUCUUUGUGACAAAUGCAUGUGAUGGUGUCUUCUUAGAGCGUCCAGCCUCAUGA